AAAAGUUUUGAACGUCACUACUUGGGAUCAGCCUGCAUCUCGCAGAGCACGACCAGGCGAACCGCUUGCCAUCGCCACUCCACUCUUCUGUGUCCGGAACGAGUCGCGUCGCUUUUGGCUGGAAUUACUGAUACCCACAAUCCCUUAAUUGGCAAGAUAGGGAAUAUCCUGCAAUCAGAAAGGCGUACAACUGGAUUCGCUGUCCACCAGGACAACAUUGCGCGGAUGUGAAGCGUCGGGCAUUUGCCAUCAUGUCUUUUCCACCACCACCGGGCUGGUCGGUGCCGCCGCCUCCAGGUGCACCACCCGGCCUUACAGCAGCAUCGCUUGCGCCGCCACCUCCAGGUUAUGUACCUCAGCCAGAUCCGCAACUGGCGAAACUCCAGGAGAAGAAGCAGAAAUGGAUCAGACAGCAAAGACAGAGAUUCGCAGAGAAGAGACGGGGCGGAUUUGUGGAGACGCAAAAGGCAGACAUGCCACCCGAGCAUUUGCGCAAGAUCGUGAGGGACAUUGGAGAUGUCUCACACAAGAAGUUCACGAGUGACAAGAGGAGUUAUCUUGGCGCACUGAAAUUCAUGCCGCAUGCGGUUCUAAAAUUACUGGAAAACAUGCCGAUGCCGUGGGAGAGUGCACGCGAAGUCAAGGUGCUGUACCACGUCAACGGAUGUCUGACCUUGGUCAACGAGAUUCCGCGCGUCAUCGAGCCCGUCUUUCACGCACAAUGGGCCACGAUGUGGGUCGUGAUGAGAAGGGAGAAAAGCGAUCGAAGACAUUUCAAACGCAUGCGCUUCCCGCCUUUCGAUGAUGAAGAACCACCGCUUUCAUGGAGUGAAAAUAUCGAGGAUGUUGAGCCACUGGAACCAAUACAGAUGGAACUGGACCCAGACGAAGACGGACCAGUGUAUGAGUGGCUCUACGAACACCGGCCUUUGUCAGACACAGGUCACGUCAGUGGGCCGGGUUACAAGGAAUGGAACAUGACGCUUCCGCAGAUGGCGACCUUGCACCGACUAAGCAAUCCAUUGCUCUCAGAUAUCACGGAUCGGAAUUACUUUCACCUGUUCGAAAUGCCGGCAUUCGCUACUGCGAAAGCAUUGAACGUCGCGAUCCCGGGAGGCCCUCGGUUUGAACCUCUAUACAAGGACAUUGAUCCGAACGAUGAAGAUUUUGGAGAAUUCAACGCCAUUGAUCGAAUUAUUUUCAGAUCUCCAAUUCGUACCGAAUAUCGUGUCGCGUUCCCAUACUUGUACAAUUCUCUGCCGCGAAGUGUCCAGCUCGGUGUUUACAGCUCUCCGCAGACAGUGUAUGAGAAGACUGACGACCCAAACCUUCCACCGUUCUACUUCGACCCAGUCAUUAACCCAAUAUCCUCCCGUUCAGUCAUGCCGAGAAAUCUCAGCAUUAGCCACGAAGACGAGAUCUUUGGUGCUGGUAGCAAUGAAGAGCCCGAUGAGGAUGAGGGUGGUUUCGGCCUGCCGGAAGGCCUCGAGGCUUUCAUGGAGAAUGAGCCGCUCUACAACGAGGAGACAGCCUCUGCGAUUGCACUAUGGUGGGCUCCAUUCCCCUUCGAUCGACGGUCAGGCAAGAUGGUUCGUGCCCAGGACGUGCCUCUCGUAAAGCAAUGGUACCUUGAGCAUGUGCCUGCUGGCCAGCCUGUCAAGGUCAGGGUGUCGUAUCAAAAGCUCCUCAAAACCUACGUGCUGAAUGAGCUGCAUAAAAAUCCUCCAAAAGCCCAAAGCAGACAGGAUCUAUGUCGCAGUCUCAAGUCGACGAAGUUCUUCCAGCAAACAAGAAUCGACUGGGUUGAGGCCGGUCUACAAGUAUGUCGACAAGGUUUCAACAUGCUGAAUCUUCUCAUUCAUCGCAAGAACUUGACCUAUCUUCAUCUUGAUUACAAUUUCAACCUUAAGCCAAUCAAAACUUUGACAACAAAGGAACGCAAAAAGUCGCGUUUUGGCAACGCUUUCCAUUUGAUGCGUGAGAUCUUACGCCUCACCAAGCUCAUCGUUGAUGCGCAAGCGCAAUACCGCCUAGGAAACAUCGACGCUUUUCAACUCGCUGAUGGUAUCCUGUAUGCUUUCAACCAUGUCGGUCAGCUGACUGGAAUGUACCGCUACAAGUACAAGUUGAUGCAUCAAAUUCGUUCAUGCAAAGAUCUCAAGCACCUGAUCUACUACCGAUUUAAUUCUGGUCCCGUUGGAAAGGGUCCCGGCUGCGGUUUCUGGGCGCCCGCGUGGAGAGUAUGGCUAUUCUUCUUGCGAGGUAUCAUUCCACUGCUGGAGCGAUGGCUCGGAAAUUUGCUCAGCCGACAAUUUGAGGGCCGUCACUCCAAGGGUGUUGCCAAGACAGUCACCAAACAGCGGGUGGAGUCUCACUUCGAUCUCGAGCUGCGCGCAUCCGUCAUGUCAGAUCUUCUAGACAUGAUGCCAGAAGGAAUCAAGCAGCGCAAAAUUAACACUGUGCUGCAGCAUCUCUCUGAAGCUUGGCGCUGUUGGAAGUCCAACAUCCCAUGGAAAGUUCCCGGUUUGCCAAAACCAAUCGAGGACGUCAUCCUGCGAUAUGUUAAAUCCAAGGCGGACUGGUGGGUGUCGGUAGCACACUAUAAUCGAGAGCGAAUUCGGCGCGGCGCAACCGUAGACAAAACUGUGGCUAAGAAGAACCUUGGUCGCCUGACCCGACUGUGGCUCAAAGCUGAGCAGGAGCGCCAACACAACUAUCUCAAAGACGGCCCAUAUGUUAGCACCGAGGAGGGAGUCGCCAUCUUCACCACUGCUGUCCAUUGGCUGGAGAGUCGCAAAUUCCAGCCUAUACCGUUCCCUUCAGUGAGUUACAAACACGAUACCAAGAUUCUGAUCCUCGCACUUGAGCGGUUGAAAGAAGCCUACUCCGUCAAGGGCCGUUUGAACCAAAGCCAGCGAGAGGAACUGGCACUCAUUGAGCAAGCAUAUGACAGUCCUGGAACCACGUUAGCGCGUAUCAAGCGAUUCCUGCUCACGCAGCGAUCAUUCAAGGAAGUCGGCAUUGAUAUGAACGACAAUUACAGCUCGAUCAAUCCCGUCUACGAUAUCGAGCCCAUUGAAAAGAUCACCGAUGCGUAUCUUGAUCAAUAUUUGUAUUAUCAGGCAGAUCAGCGACGCCUAUUCCCCCCAUGGAUCAAACCUUCGGACUCUGAAGUCCCUCCUCUUUUGACGUACAAAUGGGCUCAGGGCAUCAACAAUUUGUCGAAUGUGUGGAGCGUUGACGAGGGCGAAUGUAACGUCAUGCUCGAAACCAAGCUGGACAAGGUCUAUGAAAAGAUCGACAUCACAUUGUUGAAUCGACUGCUGCGACUGAUCAUGGAUCACAACUUGGCAGACUAUAUCUCCAGUAAGAACAACGUGCAGCUGAACUACAAAGACAUGAACCAUACGAAUGCCUAUGGCAUGAUUCGAGGUCUUCAGUUCAGUGCAUUCGUUUUUCAAUACUACGGUUUGAUCAUCGAUCUUCUCUUGCUGGGUCUUCAGCGCGCAUCAGAGAUGGCCGGGCCGCCGAACGCGCCGAACGACUUCUUGCAGUUUCGGGAUAGAGCUGCAGAGACUCGCCACCCAAUUCGUUUGUACACCAGAUACGUUGACAAGAUCUGGGUCUUCUUCCGCUUUACCGCAGAGGAAUCUCGUGAUCUAAUCCAGCGUUUCCUCACUGAGCAACCGGAUCCUAACUUCGAAAAUGUUGUUGGAUACAAGAACAAGAAAUGCUGGCCUCGAGAUUCUCGCAUGCGGCUGAUGAGACAUGACGUAAAUCUUGGUCGCGCUGUAUUCUGGGACAUGAAGAAUCGUCUGCCACGCAGCAUCACAACUGUGGAGUGGGACGAGACCUUUGCAAGUGUUUACAGCAGGGACAAUCCCAAUUUGUUGUUUGCAAUGAACGGAUUCGAAGUCCGCAUUCUUCCCAAAUGCCGUAAUAAGGCAGAAGAAUUUCCUGUCAAGGAUUCUGUCUGGGCGCUUGUUGAUAAUCAAACGAAGGAACGAACUGCCCAUGCAUUCUUGCAGGUCACAGACGAAGACAUCCAGAAGUUCAACAACCGUAUUCGGCAAAUUCUCAUGAGUUCUGGGUCGACGACCUUUACCAAGAUUGCCAACAAGUGGAACACCACUCUCAUUGCACUUUUCACUUACUAUCGUGAAGCUGCUGUCAGCACCACAAACUUGCUCGACACCAUCGUGAAGUGUGAGACCAAGAUCCAGACCAGAGUCAAAAUUGGGCUCAAUUCCAAGAUGCCUUCUCGUUUCCCGCCAGCAGUCUUCUACACUCCCAAGGAACUCGGAGGUCUCGGUAUGAUCUCGGGAUCUCACAUUCUUAUCCCGGCAUCCGACAAGCGCUGGACUAGCCAGACUGACGCGGGUGUAACGCAUUACCGUGCUGGUAUGAGCUCAGAUCAGGAGACAUUGAUUCCGAACAUUUUCCGCUACAUUAUCCCUUGGGAAUCAGAGUUCAUUGAUUCCCAGCGUGUAUGGACGGAAUACUCCCAGAAACGUCUUGAGGCCAAUCAACAGAACCGUCGCCUCACCCUCGAAGAUCUCGAAGACUCAUGGGAUCGUGGUCUUCCUCGUAUCAACACCUUGUUCCAAAAGGACCGUUCGACACUUUCUUUCGACAAAGGGUUCAGGGCAAGAACCGAGUUCAAGAACUACAGUUUGAGCAAGUCAAAUCCAUUCUGGUGGACAUCGCAGCGACAUGACGGCAAGUUGUGGAAUCUCAAUGCAUACCGUACCGACGUGAUCCAAGCACUUGGUGGUGUCGAAACCAUCCUAGAACACACUCUCUUCAAGGCGACUGCUUUCCCGUCGUGGGAAGGUCUCUUCUGGGAACGUGCUAGUGGUUUCGAGCAGAGCAUGAAAUUCAAGAAAUUGACCAAUGCACAGCGAAGCGGUCUCAACCAGAUCCCCAACCGACGAUUCACACUCUGGUGGAGUCCAACCAUCAAUCGUGCCAACGUGUACGUCGGUUUCCAAGUCCAACUCGAUCUUACCGGCAUCUUCUUGCACGGCAAGAUUCCCACUCUCAAGAUCUCGCUCAUUCAGAUCUUCCGUGCUCACUUGUGGCAGAAGAUCCAUGAAUCUGUUGUGAUGGACCUGUGUCAGGUUUUCGACCAAGAACUUGAGGCUCUCUCGAUUGAGACAUGUCAGAAGGAAACAAUCCAUCCCAGAAAGAGUUACAAGAUGAAUUCCUCAUGCGCUGACAUCUUGUUGUUCGCCUCGCAUAAGUGGAGCGUGAGCACUCCAAGUCUGCUUUAUGACACCAAAGACAACAUGAGUUCGACCACAACAAACAAGUUCUGGGUGGAUGUGCAGCUCAGAUAUGGCGAUUACGAUUCGCACGACAUUGAACGUUACACUCGUGCCAAGUAUCUGGAUUACACCUCUGAUAGCACUUCGAUCUAUCCAUCUGCGACAGGUCUGAUGGUUGGUAUUGACCUGGCUUACAAUCUGUACUCUGCAUUCGGACAAUACUUCCCUGGUUUGAAGCAGCUCAUACAACAAGCAAUGGCCAAGAUCAUGAAAGCCAACCCUGCGUUGUACGUUUUGCGUGAGCGCAUCCGAAAAGGUCUUCAAUUAUAUGCUUCUGAGAGCAAUCAGGAGUUCCUCAACUCUCAGAAUUACUCGGAAUUGUUCAGCAACCAGAUUCAACUUUUUAUCGACGAUACGAACGUGUACCGUGUCACGAUUCACAAGACAUUUGAGGGCAAUUUGACCACAAAGCCAAUCAACGGUGCCAUCUUUAUCUUCAACCCGCGCACAGGUCAAUUGUUCCUCAAGAUCAUUCACACAAGCGUCUGGGCUGGUCAGAAACGUCUCGGACAACUUGCAAAGUGGAAGACUGCUGAAGAAGUUGCGGCGCUGAUUCGGUCGCUACCAAUUGAAGAACAGCCCAAACAAUUGAUCGUGACUCGCAAAGGUCUUCUCGACCCGCUCGAGGUCCAUCUGCUUGAUUUCCCGAACAUCAGCAUUCGGGCCUCGGAACUGCAGCUACCCUUCCAAGCAGCCAUGAAGGUUGAAAAGUUGGGAGACAUGAUCCUACGCGCUACAGAACCACAGAUGGUUUUGUUCAAUCUCUACGACGAGUGGCUGAAGAGCAUCUCUUCUUACACCGCAUUCUCACGUCUCAUCUUGAUCUUGCGUGCCUUGCACGUCAACCAGGACCGCACGAAACUGAUUCUCCGACCUGACAAGAAGGUCAUCACCCAGGAGCAUCAUAUCUGGCCAUCGCUCUCGGAUGAGGAAUGGAUGAAGAUAGAAGUACAACUUCGUGAUCUUAUUUUGAAUGACUACGGCAAGAAGAACAAUGUCAAUACUACUUCACUGACGAACACCGAAAUCCGAGAUAUCAUCCUCGGUAUGGAGAUCAGUGCACCAAGCAUGCAACGGCAGCAAGCGGCAGAGAUCGAGAAACAGCAGCAGGACCAGGCCCAAGUCACCGCCGUGACCACAAAAUCCACCAACGUGCAGGGCGAAGAGAUGAUUGUGACAACCACGACAGCGUUUGAAAAGCAGACUUUCGCCUCGAAAACCGAGUGGCGAACCCGUGCGAUCGCAACAGGCAACUUGCGCACCAGGGCGAACAACAUUUACAUUUCAUCUGAUGACAUUCGCGAAGACGAACAUCACUACACUUACGUCAUGCCGAAAAAUAUUCUCAAGCGAUUUAUCGCGAUCGCAGAUCUCCGUGUACAGGUCGCUGGUUAUCUCUACGGAUCGAGUCCACCAGACAACAAGCAAGUGAAGGAGAUAAAGUGCAUUGUCAUGAUUCCUCAAAUCGGCAGCUCGCGUGACAUUCAGUUGCCUCGCAAUCUCCCCGAAAAUGACCUGCUCAAGGGCCUCGAGCCACUCGGUCUUGUUCACACUAGCGCGGGCAACGAGGUCACAUACAUGACCGCGCAGGAUGUGACCCAACACGCGAACUUGAUGGCGGCGCACUCCAGCUGGGACAACAAGACGGUCAACAUGACCAUCAAUUUCACCCCAGGAUCGGUGUCACUUUCGGCUUGGAGCCUGACGCCGGCCGGAUACCAAUGGGGCGCGCAGAACCGCGACCACUCGUCCGACCAACCAGCCGGAUUCUCUCCUUCGUCCAAUUUUGGCGAGAAGUGCCAGCUGCUCCUGUCUGACAAGAUCCGUGGUUACUUCCUCGUGCCCGAGGACGAACGCUGGAAUUGGAGUUUCCUCGGCUCCGGGUUUGGCGAGCGCGAGAAGGGCAAAAUCUACGUCAACGUCGGCGUUCCCAAGCGCUUCUACGAUGACGUGCAUCGACCUAUUCACUUCCAGAGCUUUGCCGAGCUCGAGGACAUUUGGGUCGACCAGAGUGACAAUUUGGCUUGAUCAGGGGAUUCAAGCAGGAGAACGAGGGCGAGGGAGUCGGGCGUUAGCGAGCGCAAAUUGGGCAGAACUGCACCUUAAAUUUUGCACGGGCCGAGAUUCGAAAGCAAUGUUUUAGCAUGGAGUUGUGUGUAUGUGUUAAUACUUUUGAUGUGUAGAGUAAACAUUGUAUCACUGUCAUUGUACUGUAAUCUUGAAACUCGUAGGCCAGAUGUGUGUGGUCCAUUCUUGUCGAGCG